AGAGGUGGAACGACACUAAAGCAGUGUUAUAAUUUUUAGUCAAGUUUCCCCUGUGAUUUGGGAGACGUGGACAGUCAUUUUCUGUGCGUGAAGAGGGAAAUUUAGGGCACCAUUUUUUUCCAUUUUGCUUCGUCUGCUAGAACUUCCCAGUAGACGGACGACCCAUUCCUGACCCCUGAAGACCCCCCACCCCCCCUUGGACGACCAUGUUGAACGCCGAGGAGACGAAGGCCGUGGCGCUGGUUGUCAUGGCGAUCGUGACUCUGAUCAUGAGCUUCCUGCCUCUCUACAUCCGGAAGGUGCUGAGUCAUCGCAUGGCCCAGACUUUCGCGCAGGUGCUGCUGACGGGGUGCCUGUGCUUCGGCGCGGGCGUGCUGCUCUCCAUCGUGUUCCUGCACCUGCUGCCGGAGACGCGCGCCACGCUCGAGUACGCGAUGGAAGCCGACCUGUUCCCGCACAGCCACUACCCGGUGGCCGAGGUGGUCCUGGUGGGCGGCUUCUUCGUGGUGUACCUCAUGGAGGAGCUCAUCCACACGUGGAUCCACCGCGCCCACCACAACCAGCACCACCGCCAUGGCGACGCGGAGGCCCCGGCCGGCGACGCCAAGGCCCUCGGCGACGGCAGGAAGCGCGAGCGGCUGUCCUCCGAGUGCGCGGGCCCGGCGGCGGCUCGGGCGCAGGAGGCCGUGGGGGGGCACGGGUCGGUACGCGGCGUGGCGGUGCUCAUGGCCGUGGACGGGCGCAUGAACGAGGCGUUCGAGGGCGACGGGUGCGUGGGCGGCCAGGUGGAGGCGGCGGCGCGGCACAACGUGCACACCAUCCCUCACCACCACACGCCCGCCGUCGACAAGAACGUGUCGGUGAUGGGCGCCGUGGUGGUGGUGGUGGCGCUGUCCUUCCACAGCGUGAUGGAGGGCCUUGCGCUCGGCCUGGAGGAAGAGCCGGGGGACGUGUGGAUCCUGAUGGCGGCGCUCACGUCCCAUAAGAUCUUCAUUGCCUUCAGCAUGUCCAUGGAGCUGCUGGAGGUGGGCGUGUCCCUGAAGCCCUUCAUUGCCUCCAUGCUCGUCUUCUCGCUGGCCUCCCCCGUCGGCGGCCUCGUCGGGGCCCUCGUCAUAGCCUACUCGGGCGAUCAGGAGACCGCAAGCAGCCUGCUCGUGCCCACGUUCCUGCAGGCUGUGUCGGGGGGCACCAUCCUGUACGUGGCCUUCUGCGAAGUGCUGGAGCGCGAGCGAGCCAAGCCGAAGGGCGGCAUGGUGCGGCUCCUCGCUCUGCUGCUGGGCUUCUGCCUCAUGGCCGGCCUGGAGGCGAUCGGGGGCCACGAGCACGGCCACAAGAGCGCGCACCCGACGGACACCGUCGCCCCGUAGUCGCGCCCCGAGGCCGGCCAGCGCUGGCGCGGGAGUUGCUGUGAUGACCCUCUUUGGGGAUCGGAAGGGCGUCGCGCCCGGAAAGACCUGCUUGUGAGUGGCUGUCGUUGUGAGGGAUUUCGGGAAAGCAGUGUGGCGGCCCGGGGGGAGCAGGAUCCCGCUUUAGAAGUUAGAAGAUGAGGUCGGCGAGAAAAAGCCACUUUCUCCUUUUUUUCCUUAGUGGCAGUCUGAUGACAGAAGGGAGUGGCAUGAGAAGCAUUCUGAAGCUUUUCAAAGAUCAUUUUUUGCUUCAUGUUAGAAGGAGAUGAACAAGUAAAUACACAAAAAGCAAAAAAGAGCAAAUGCAAAAUGUCUAUAACCUGGCUUUGCUACUUAUAUCAUUCCACGAUAUCUUAACUAAUAUGCGGCUUUUUAUACUGACAUGUUUAUUUUUAUUGCCAAGAAAAAAACAAAACAAAACUUUCUCUUGCACAUGAAGAUUCUGAGCAAAGGACAAAGUGAUUGUGGGAACUGAUUCAGUGUCACAUGGGAUUCAUCUUUCGUAUUUUCAAGAAUCAAAAGGACAAACAUGUUAGUAUUUCGUCACAAGGGUGUGAUAAUGAUGAUGAUUAUAAUGUAAAUCAUAAUAACAAUAAUAAUAAUAAUAUUGAUACUGCUAUUAAUAAUAAUAAUAAUAAUAAUAAUAAUAAUAAUAAUAAUGAAAAUGAUGAUAAUGAUAAAAAUAAUAAAGAUAAUAAUAAUAUUAACAAUAAUAAGGAUGAUGUCCAAGGUUUCCUCUCAUUUAAUAAAUCAUACUAAAUACGGUCUCUUAUUUAAUAAACUUUCCAGAUAUUAUCAUGA